GCUGUAGGAUGGGCUGAUGCGCACAGAGCUGCUCAACAAAAGCCUCCUGCUUCACUUGCAGGACUUACAUGACCAUGGACAGAGUUUUCGCGUAAUGGUAAAGCGAUGGAUUUUCCUGCUCCGGAUUGCAAUUUGAGCGCUUUGUUAAUAAAUUACAACUGGAAAUAACAUCUCAAGACAUCGCUCGCGGUAAUCCCAAAAUUUUUUUAGGCUUUAAAUUUGUUUACAACAGCAGAUAGAUUUAAUCCAGUCCAAUGUACAGACUGCGGAUUGCAAACUUAACGGAUAUAACAUCCUGUUUAUACGAUGCUUUCUUUGGAUUGAUUUAAUUUACCUUCUGUUGUUAAGGUACGUAAAAAUAUCGGUUUGAAAUGUCCGACUUCCACAACCGAAGCCAAAUCAGCGCACGUCGCAGUGACUACGUGUGGCAGUACGAAUAUUAUGAUGAUGAAGAACCUGUGUCUUUUGAGGGACUCAAAGCACACAGAUACUCCAUCGUCAUUGGCUUCUGGGUUGGACUAGCAGUAUUCGUCAUUUUCAUGUUCUUUGUUCUCACGCUGCUCACAAAGACUGGAGCACCACAUCAGGAAAACCCAGACUCAGCUGAGAAGCGUCAUCGACCAGGGAGCUGUCUGGUGGACAUCAACGGCCACCAGGAUGAAAAUGUCAAGGCCUUCUCUCGCCCGCUGUUAGCAGGGUCCCGCUCAUAUUUUAAUUUCUAUAUCAACGAGGAGGAUCAAGGUCAAGGCAAGCAAAGAGAAGGAGACAACAGGAGUUCUACCAAAGACAAAAGAAGCAGAUGUAUCAGUACCUCUGGGAUGGACGAGAUGGAGGAGGACAUUGAGGAAGUUGGGGGACACCAACCCCUUAAUGGACUAAUAAAGGAGAAUAAGAUGGACAGAGAAUGUGCUUUUCUGUCUCACUUCAACAUCCCCAACUUUGUGAACUUGGAUCACAGUUCUACACUUGGAGAGGAUGAUCUGCUGUAUGAGCCAUCAGUUGUACUGGAGCAUCAGUCUCAAGCUCGCCAUGUUCACUGUGACCCCCACUGAGGCUGCUUCUACAAAAAAAAAAAGCAUUGCUAUAGCGGUAGUGUAAUGUUAUUUGCUUUCCAUUCAGGCGU